AUGGAAAAAUUCAAUCCUGAAGCCUUGCUUGCGUUAGAAGGUUCCUUUCUCAAGGUACCCAUGGAACAACUCAAGCGUUCAAUGAAACCUCAUAAAGAUUUAGACAGAGAGUUAGCCAAAGCUUCACUGAUUGUUAAAGAUCUUUGUCAGCAGGCUAAUAAGGGGGAGAUCGAUGUUAAAUCAGCCUGCGAGAAUCUCGAAGCAAUUGGCAAAAAAUUGGAAAGCUUAAAACGCAAGCUCAAUGAAGCAAACGAAGAGGAGAAAAAACACAUUUCUAGGGGUAGACAAAGACUUGAUCAUCUUGUUGAAUUAUCGCAAAUUAAAAGUGUGAAUGAUCCGGAAUACAAAAA